CUUGGUAGGACCGGACCGUAGGAGCAGCAUGACGGUGAGCUGAAAACCCCAAUUUUAUAUACUGGGGUUAGUUUCCGGCGUUAAAAUGGUGGGGAAGAAAUCUCUGGUUCGGUUGUACUUACGCCAGACUUGUGACCGUCUCCCUUCAUUUCAAACAACGCACCGGUGAUUAAUACAGACACGAAGCAUGUACGGCGUCUACCACUGUAUAGGUUCCCUUCUCGCCAGUCUCUGAACAAUAGGAGAAGAUGAUUGUGAUGUUCAUUCUCUACGCCACUGCUUAAUCAUGAUAUCAGAAGCAACUUCAGAUGCCUUCCCCUUUGUCGUCAAUUGUAAUGCCUUUCCCAAUUUGAUUUCAAAUCAGUGUUCCAGCUCUUUUGGUUUAUUGUAUUUGUUUUUGGAAAUAAAUUGCUCCGGUUAUGCAAUAAAUUGUUUUAGUCUCAGUUCCCCCCCUCUUCAUUUACCAAUAUUCGUAUAGGGGUUGAAUCCAUCGAAUCAGUAAAAGUUCUAUAAUCUAUACCCCUGUGGUUGCUGUUAGUAUUGUUGUUGUUAUCCUUAUUAGAUAUUAUAAUUACUACGUAUUAUUUUUACUUUCAUUCUGUGAAGUAUAACCAUUGAGGAUUGAGGAGCUACCAGUAUUCGUCUUUCUUCUCUUGUUAGUUAACUAAAAACCACACAAUUUGAAAAUAAAACUACAUCAGAGGAACAAAUGUCAGUUCUGUGUGGUGCCCCACCAAUCCUUGAGUGUGUCUACUGUAUCGCCUGUGCCCGUUGGGCCUGGAAGCGGUGCCUCCACACUGCGGGCCAUGAAAGUGAAACGUGGACCCAUGCCACACCAGAUGAAUUUGAACCCGUCCCUAGGCUUUGCAGGUACAUAUUAGCCGUGUAUGAGGAUGAUAUCAGAAAUCCUCAAUGGGAACCCCCUCGAGGCUAUGGAAUCAAUCCGGAUUGGGUGAUUCGGAAAAGAACGUAUGAGGAUAAUUGUGGCAGAGCACCUCCUUAUAUGUUGUACCUCGAUCAUGAUCAUGAAGAUAUAGUCCUUGCUAUAAGAGGCCUUAAUUUGGCUAAGGAGAGUGACUAUGCGGUUUUGUUGGAUAACAAGCUGGGUAAGAGGUCAUUUGAAGGUGGAUAUGUUCAUAACGGUUUAUUGAAAGCAGCUGGGUGGGUUUUGAAUGCAGAAAAUGAGAUUUUGAUGGACUUGGUUGAGAAAUACCCACGUUAUACUCUGACUUUUACUGGACAUUCUCUGGGGUCAGGUGUGGCGGCAUUGUUGGCGAUAGUGGUGGUCAGGAACCGUGAUAGGUUGGGGAAUAUUGAGAAGAAAAGAGUCAGAUGCUUUGCCAUUGCUCCUACGAGAUGUAUGUCACUUAAUCUUGCCGUGGGGUAUUCUGAUGUGAUCAACUUUGUUGUGCUUCAGGAUGGCUAAAGAUUUAACAACAUAUUCACCGCUGAAACAGGAUGAUUUCUUACCUCGGACAGCAACCCCAUUGGAAGACAUAUUCAAGUCACUAUUUUGUUUGCCAUGUUUACUAUGUGCCCGGUGCUUGAGAGAUACAUGCAUAUCUGAAGAGAAGAAGCUUAAAGAUGAAAGGAGACUGUAUGCCCCUGGUCGACUCUAUCACAUUGUUGAGAGAAAACCUUUCAGGUGUGGCAGGUUUCCACCCACGGUGAGAACAGCAGUCCCUGUGGAUGGGAGAUUUGAACAUAUAGUCUUGUCGUGUAAUGCAACUUCUGAUCAUGCCAUUAUUUGGAUUGAGAGGGAAGCCCAAAGAGCACUGGAUUUAAUGAGAGAAAAGGAGGGGAUGAUGGAGAUUCCAGCAACACAGAAGAUGGAGAGGCAACAAUCACUGGCUAAAGAGCACAGUGAGGAGUAUAAGGCUGCCCUAAAGAGAGCGGUCACGUUGGAAGUCCCCCAUGCCUUUUCACCCUCUGAGUAUGGAACUUUUGAGGAUGACAUCAAAUACUCCUCUUCAGCGGAAACAUCAAAGAAAAGCAAUCGGGGCAGGGAAACCUGGGAUGAAGUGAUUGAUCGUCUGUUUUUCAAGGAUGAAUCAGGUCACAUCAUCUUGAAGAAGCCCCUUGUUGUAUAAUUGGUAAUUGUUUGUUUGUUGUAUAGUGUGAAACUGUUAGUGAGAUGAGUGUGAUUUUUUAAUUCUUGUAUUCAAGAAUGGUUAGAUGGCUCCUUCACCAUUGCCUGCAAAACUUGUAAACUUACCCAUCUAAUAAGUGGGAUGAUAUCAACACCAAGCCUAAUUAGAAAAAAUAAAGGCUUGUUUCUGUAAAAGAUGUAGCAUUACAAAAAAAUCAAAGAAUACUAUGCAUCACAUUUUUCUCAUAUAUAAUCACUCCGUAUUU